GCUUAACGCGACUCGUAAGACGUCGAAUGUCGUUUUCCUGUUACUAGCAAAAUAUUGUUGCUAUAUCAAACUAAAGGAGUAACUUAAAUGAAACAUAGACGAAGAACGCAUUUUUUAAAUACUGAACAAAAAAGCUCUAAAUGUAAUUUAAUGAAAAAAAUCUACACCCCGCGAUGACACGUGGCAUAACGAUUCAACACCAAUUCGUGUUGGAUUGAUGGGCGUAAUUAACUAUCAACAAUAAAUGUAACUUCCUCUUGACAAUGAUUAUCACGACAAUAAAGAGCAUAAUUUUAAUUUCCGAACGUCAUCUAUUGUUCGCGUUUUUUUUUGUGGUUCAUUUUGAUGAUAAUCCGUCAAUAUCAAGCAAAAACAAAAGAAGAGAAAAUCGCUUCUCAUUCGGCUACCCGCAACCCCAACGCGCAUUGACGCCUCCCCGUGGUCUGUGUUGUGUGUUUUAAUGAGUGUUCACGUCCAUUAAAAAGAACUCAAACUGUGGGGUGAAAAAUUUUACCAAUAAGCGCCUACCCCUCUGCUGUCUGCUCUCCAUUCAUUUCCCGCCGAUGGUAGAUACAAGAUUUACGAGCAGCGUGUUCUGUGACACCUUCCUCCCCUGGGGGGGUUGGAUAGCGAAUGUUAGCCGGUGAUUGAAAGUUAAUUGAUUCGAUGUAAAUAACGUGUGGAACGUGUCUGGCGGGAUGGUUUGGUUGUGAACCGCAAUCAUGUCGCGUUUUAUUUUUGCCAAUUUUCCAUCCCCACAACGGAUGCAUUUAUGCCACGUGCGGAAAAGGACACAAAUAAAAAAAGGCCCCAAACGAACAAAGUGCAUCACAAUCAGAGGCACUACGAAAAAAAAAACCUUGGUUCAAAAGUUUGCCGUCGGUGCUUCAGUAACGGAGAGUAUGUUUUUAAUUAAAAGGGAUAACUUUCUCUACACUGCAAACAGAAUAAACCAUAAAGCCUUGUAAAAAGAACUUCGCGCCCUGAAAAAAUGUCUAAAAGAAAAAAAAUACAGUUUGUUUCAUCAAAUUUAAAAUUAUGAAGCUAAGAUAUUUAUAUUAUAAAUGCCUAAAAUUAGGCAAAUCAUAAGAUAAAUUCACGUAUUAACAAAAAAAUCGCUUAAAGAGCAACUUUCCAAACAUGAUGUACUGUUUACUUUUUUUACCAUACAAACCACAAUCAACAGGUUGCAAGGACACUAAUAUUACGCGAAACCACAGUUACUAAGCGAUGCAACGGUUCUACAUUCGCUUCUUCACCGUGCAGCACAUAAAAUAAGAUUCCAUUCAUUCGAUAAAGCGAGAUAGAGUACGAUAGAAAAGAUGUACAGCACAAGUUUUCUACAAUUCUAACUCCAAAGCGUCCAACGCGUCUGCGUACAGGAUAGUGUCCUCCCGGUGGCUAAGCAUCCUUCCAUUGUCCGUUCCUUUCAUCGAAGGGAUGUAAUGACGUCAACGGGGAAGAAGUAAGGAUCAAAGAACUCACCACAAUGCAGCGGUUUCGAUCUGAUGAGAAGACUAUUUUUCAUUGAUCAUCGCCGGUGUUUUUCGGGAGUUUCACAAAAAAAGGUGCUGAAAGAACUGAUUUUUUUUCAUUACUUUCACAUGAUGAAGGUAUAAAUGACUAAUAGAAAAAGAGUUCGAUUGGAAAAAUCAUCUGUCUUUUUUUUUCUUAACUUAGCACUUUCUCCUGUAAGUAACCUGUAAGUGGUCAUGUGGUUGAAUGGAGAAAGCAUAGGUCGAUAUUGCUUCCAUCCAAUGGUAAAAAGGCUUGGAAUGUCUCGCUCGUCAUAAGGUUCUUCCAAUUAUCCCAUCCUCACCCUAAAAACCUGACGGUUGCGCGCGCGUCGUCAGUGUGCCAAGCUUCAACACCAGAAUGUGCUACGCACUGGAAUGUGGCGCCGCGUUUGGAAAAGCUGCUCAAACGCCCGUACCACCGAUGGAGCGAAAGAAACCUAUGGCGUUCUGACCGGCAUGGUUCUGUUUCGUUUUUUCUCCCUUGUGAAGUGUUUCCACAAUUAGAAUGCGUUUCGCAUUAUCCUUUCACAGUACACUAGGCGUUGGCACAAGUGAAACCAUCAGCUGGCUGCGAGAUGGAAGGACGAUAGAAGCCGCUAGAAUCCUUUCGAAUCCCAACCAAUCUUGCAUUUCCGCGAGAGCCCAUGAUAAUGAUGAUGACGAUGAUGGUAGAGUGGAGAAAAAGCCUUGCAGGAUGAAAAAAAAAAUCACCAAAGAGCAAAAAGGAUCUAUCCUGACCGACAGAACGGUAAACGGCUCAGUUAUCAGCGGGAAGUCGUAGCGUUCGGUUCGCCAGGUCGGAAAAAAGGAUCCUACCGUACCAGGUCCCGGAUUGCGUUCAGUGGGUUCUAAGUGCCACAAAACCAUUGAUCGAAAGUUUCAGUGAUCCAGAUUCCAACCAGCGGAUCCAGCACGCGCCACUAUGGAUAGUAAAGAGUUCCGACGCCGCGGUACCGAGAUGGUCGAGUACAUCUGUAACUAUCUGGAAACGCUUGAGGAGCGGCGCGUUACACCGUGUGUGGAGCCGGGCUAUCUACGCCACCAGCUGCCGGAUGAGGCACCGGAAGAACCGGAACCGUGGGAAAAGAUCAUGCAGGACGUGGAGGAUAAGAUUAUGCCCGGUGUCACGCACUGGCAGCAUCCGCGCUUUCACGCGUACUUUCCGUCCGGGAACUCGUUCCCAUCGAUACUGGGCGAUAUGCUGAGCGAUGGCAUCGGUUGCAUUGGGUUUUCCUGGGCGGCCAGCCCAGCCUGUACCGAGCUGGAAACGAUCGUGCUUGAUUGGUUGGGUAAAGCAAUUGGACUUCCUGAUUCAUUUCUUGCCCUCAAACCUGGUAGCCGAGGUGGUGGCGUUAUACAGACGUCCGCUUCCGAGUGCGUGCUGGUAACAAUGUUGGCCGCCCGGGCCCAGGCCAUCAAAUAUCUUAAGCAACAGCACCCGUUCGUCGAAGAGGGCCACCUGUUAUCCAAGCUGAUGGCUUACUGUUCGAAGGAGGCGCACAGCUGCGUCGAAAAAGCGGCAAUGAUUAGCUUCGUAAAGUUGCGCAUCCUCGAACCCGAUGAAAAGUGUUGCCUUCGGGCGGACACCCUGAUAAAGGCAAUGGAGGAAGACGAACAGCAAGGUUUGAUACCGUUCUUCGUGUCGACCACGCUCGGUACAACUGGUUCGUGCGCAUUCGACGAUCUGGCCGAGAUCGGUGAGGCACUGCAACGUUUCCCAAGCGUUUGGCUGCACGUCGAUGCCGCCUACGCCGGUAAUGCGUUCAUCUGCCCGGAGCUCAAGUACCUGCUGAAGGGCAUUCAGUAUGCGGACUCGUUCAACACCAAUCCGAACAAAUGGCUACUGACGAACUUCGACUGUUCGACACUAUGGGUGCGCGAUCGCAUCCGUCUGACGUCGGCGUUGGUUGUCGAUCCGCUUUAUCUGCAGCACGGUUACACCGAUUCCGCGAUCGACUACCGGCACUGGGGCGUACCGUUGAGCCGUCGGUUUCGUUCGCUCAAGCUGUGGUUCGUUCUGCGCAGUUACGGUAUAUCCGGACUGCAGGCAUACAUCCGCCAUCACAUUGAGCUGGCGAAGCGGUUCGAGGUGCUGGUGUUGAAGGAUAAUCGGUUCGAGGUGUGUAACGACGUGAGGCUUGGCUUGGUAUGCUUCCGGCUGAAGGGAACGGAUCGCAUCAACGAGAAGCUGCUCAGCAGUAUUAAUGCUUCUGGCAAGCUACACAUGGUACCGGCAUCCGUCAACGAUACGUACGUCAUACGGUUCUGUGCCGUAGCGCAGAAUGCCAAAGUAGAAGACAUUGACUACGCAUGGGACGUCAUAACGGACUUCGCCUCGGAGAUACUGGAGAAGGAACAAGCGGACGAAGUCAGCGAGAUCGUUGAUCGACGCAAGACACAUACGCUCGCCCAAAAGCGUUCGUUCUUCGUGCGCAUGGUUAGCGAUCCGAAGAUCUACAAUCCGGCUAUCAACAAGGCCCAGACGCCGCAUCGUAUGUCCACCGAGUUAACGUCACCCGGACAUGAUGGUACUGUGGUCACCGUACAGUCACCCAAGACCCCCGGUUCUGCUACCUGGAUUAGUUGGCCAUUGGCAUUCCUAUUCGCAUCCGCCGAUGAUGGUACGAAAAAUGAUGUCACACUGAGAUUCCGCCACCUUGACACCAUGAUGCGACUAUCGGCUUCGCGUCGCAACUCCGCCACCGGCGGUUCGUCUCCGUCCCCCGAAGGAGAGAACGGUAUUACCCUGCUUAAGUCGCCCAAAAAAUCCCCAAUCCUAAUGCGAAAGCGUGGCUCAUCACCGAAUCCACCUGCGGCAGGAACGAACAACGGUUCGGCCAAGUAAAACCAUCACAUACCACUCUGUUUGCUGUAUAAAUGGGAAAGAAAUUAUGAAAAUUCGCUUUCUCUUGACUCUUAAAACCAAUGUGAAGUACACCUAACAACAACUGGAACAAUAUUCCGGAUGAUGCAACUAUUUUAACGAACCUUGCUCGUUAAUAUUUGAAAUACUUAAAUCAACUCGGUAACAUUAAUACAACAAUCACCCCUACAAAAUGUUUGAAGAUAGUUGAGAGUUUAAGAACCAGACCCCAUCCGUUACAGCUCUAUGCAAUCAGAUUCUUCAAAGGAUCACCCUACCGAUCACGAAUUCACACUCGAACGAAGAAAUUGUAAACUUGGUAUCCUCUAGACAUAGACAAACUGUUGAACUAAACUUUGCUGUAUUUAUUCCCAACCGCACAAAUAAACACAAAAGAUCGAACUACAAAA